AUGGCUGGUACAGAGCCGGGCUGGUAGCUUGGGUAACAGCAGCGAUGGAUAACAUUAAGCUAGUAGCGUAUAUUUAGUGCUUUUUAAAUAUCAUAAUCACAGUUUAAAGGAACGUAAGGAUGUGGGAGAAGUUUGAAAAUAACCGAUAAACACUUUGAAGGAUUGUUCGAGUCCAUUAUAUCAGUCUCGUCAAAUGACGGAUCUAUUUUAUGAGACAGGCAGGUGUGUCAGACCUCAUUUCAUUAGGCUUGUUGCAAGAUUAAACCACAUCUACUCCGGAUUUGGAAGUAGCAGUCGCAGCAGGAGCGAGGACAACGUGCAGGAAGCCGGGGAACGGAGCCGGCAUUUGGGCCAUGGCCACCGCUCGUUUCCCCGGGAAGAGUGCGGACGUGGCCGCAGGAAAUUGGAGUUCUCCUCCUGGCCGGCUGGUGUGUGUGAACGGGACCCCGUGGAUCCUCUACCUGCUGGAGGAGUGUGUGGACAAUGUGUGGGAGUACUGCAGCGUGGUGAUAGGACUAAUAUCCAUGUUCUGCUUUCUGCUGUCCACUCUGCCGCAGGUGUACGAGGCCUAUAGGAACGGUAAAGGGGAGGAGGCCAUGUCGUUUGGCUUUCUCUUCUUCCUCUUCAGUGGAGACUUGACCAGCUUUGCAGGCUGCUACCUCACCAGCCAGCUGCCUAUUCAGGUAAUCACAGUGGUGUUCUACAUCUUCACAGACCUGAUCCUCAUCUCCCAGUUUCUUUACUAUAAGAUCAAGAACAGCUCGAGCAGAAAAAGCCCCGUGCUGAAGUGGCUGUGCUUCAUGUGGUGCGGCUCUGCUUCAUUAGUCCUGCUGACUUUACCCAAACUCAUCGUAGACAACAGUGCUUCUUUAGACACCAAGAGUACCUCUAAAUCAGUGGAAAUCACUGGCUAUGUGUGUGGAUACCUGGCAUCUGUGUUCUACCUCAGCUCCCGGUUACCCCAGCUCUAUAAAAACUUUCAGCGACAGUCCACGGAGGGCACCUCUUACAUGUUGUUCGCUCUUGCCAUGAUGGGCAACGGGACGUACGGGCUGAGCGUCAUCGUGGUGCUGCCCGCGCUGAAGGGCUCCAAGCAGACCUUCAUCAUCAAACACCUGGCCUGGCUCAUCGGCAGCCUGGGGGUCAUCGUACUGGACUUCUUUGUGACCGCCCAGUUCGUGAUGUACAGGAAGAACAGCUCAGCAAAGGGCAGCAAGCUGCUCAGCGUGCCGGAGGUGGAGCCUCUGCUGUGUGAAGAGGUGGAGCUGUCGCUGUUAUAGGACCCAGAAUCAAACAUGGACUGCCCAAUGUACAGUUUCUGAUUCAUCCGUGAUUCUCUGGGGCUAUUGACAACUUCAACUGCAGCCAUGUUGAAGUACCAGCAGGAUCAUUACUUUUUAGAAGGGCAAACUUGAUAAACCCCAUAUAUGGAAAUAUCAGGUGGAAACAUUUUUCUCAAGUUAAAUUAAUUGGCACAUUUGUUUGGUUUUCUCUAGGCAGGCCAGUAAGCAUCAAUUCAAUACCUUUUGUUACAGUUAUCCACUCGGAUUACUUGAUUGAUUUUUGGGUGGGGGUGGGGGACAAUAUUUGUAUUGGCCACUGGGGACACCUAUACCCCUUUCACACCAACGCAACUCCGGUUCAAGCUCCGUGCUAGAGCUUUUCAGGUUCAGAACCGGUACUUCGGUUUAGCUCCGGCUCUUUUCACA